AUGAACCUCCCGCUGCUGGCCGUGCGGCUGACCCUGCUCGGCUGCCCCCAGGCCCUGCACUGGGGGCCCCAGGACCCCAACUUCAACGAGACUCUGGAAGCCGCGGGCGUCAGCGGCGAGCGGUUCUUGGCAGGGCUGGCCUCCAACCAACCCAAACUCCUGAAGGAGGACGAGGGCACGCGGCUGCUCAUCCACGGCAUCCAGGUGACACCCAGGGCCCUGCAGCUCCACCUGCACAGGAAGUAA